AUGAUUGAGAAAGGGAACUGUAAUAAUGUGAAUAAAAUGACUAAUAGUGAUUUUCAAUCUAAAUUGGUAAUUAUGGAACAUUAUAAGGAUAUGGAAGAAUUAUUUGAUAUUAUUGCAUCUAGUGGAUAUAUUCCUGAAAGAUCUGAAAUUUUAUGUACUGGAUAUUUUAUAUUUUAUUAUUCAACAGCAUAUAUAGCUACAAUGGCUGCCUGGUUUUUUGAAUUAAAGAAUAUUGCUGUAGCUACAGUUUCAGGAUGGUCUCUUUUAAAAAUAAAAGGUUAUAACUCAUCAGAUUUAUUAAAGUCUAUAUUUCCUGAGAAAUUAGGAGAUGUUUCUUUUUUUGUUUGUAAUAGAGAUCACAUUUGGAUUGCAGUUCAUGGCAUUUAUGCAAAAGAAUCUGUGAUUUGUAGGAUAAGACAUAAAAGAUGGGAGAUUAUAGAGAUAAUGUAUGAUAGAAGCUUUUUUGAUGUGGUACAACUUUUAAAUUUAUGUGAGCAAGAUUAUAAAUUAGUUGAUAAUGAUAUAGUAUCAGAAAGAUUACUUAUUAAGUUAUUUGGUAUGAGAAAAGCUACAAUUCUGAAUUGCAAGGAAUGCAAUAUAGAUGGUUUUGAAUUACAUAUAUCUACACAUAAUAACUUCCAACAGAGAUUAUUACUAUUAUCAAGAUGUUGUAGAACAGUAUUAAAUAGGGAUGAUAAUAACAUAGAAGAGAAAAAUUUACAAUAUACAAGGAUAAUAGAUGAUAAUAAAUCCAAAUUAUUAAAAUAUAAUAUAUUUUUAUGUUAG